GUAACGUUCUGCACAAACGAGCUUUUGUUGAAGUACCUUUUUCUUGCACAAUGUACAUUGUGGCAAAUAAGUAAGUUAAAAUUUACCUAUUGCUGGUGUUUGUAGAGACACUUCGAACCCUGAGGGAUUUUUUCCCUUGGCCCACAUUCAAUACUUUCCAAACCACCGUUCGAAAAGUUCACCAUGCCUGACAUAAACAAUCGCAACGUGCACGUGCUUUCCAGUUUUGUUAUCUUCCUUUGUACCGUAACAUGGAAGCCACCGAUCAAAUAAUCCCAGCUGCUUAUUUCGAUAGCUAUGAAGAUCUUAAGGUGCACGAAAUCAUGCUGGCCGACAAACCAAGACAGGAUGCGUACCAAAAGGCGAUUCUUGAAAAUCGGGCCUUGUUCGUAGGCAAAACCGUCCUCGAUGUAGGAGCUGGUACGGGAAUUUUGUCUAUAUUCUGUGCACAGGCCGGUGCUAGCAAGGUUUACGCAGUUGAAGCUUCCAAUCUGGCUCGGCUAGCCCGGGCUGUUGUGGAAGAAAACAAAUUUCAAGCAGUGAUAGAAGUGCGCGAGUGCAAAGUAGAAGAUUUUCAGCUUCCCGAGGGCGAACGUGUCGAUAUCAUCGUAUCCGAGUGGAUGGGGUUCUUUCUUUUGCACGAAGGUAUGCUCGAUUCCGUAGUGCAUGCACGAGACAAGUUCCUCAAACCGAACGGUCUCAUGUUUCCCGAUACGGCAACUCUUUUCGUUGCGCCCUGCAGUGUUCCGUCACGUUUCGAUCGAUGGGAAAACCUGUCUGGUGUCAGUAUGCGUUGCUUUGGACGUGCGCUACGAGAGCAAAAUUCAGGAAAUCCGGAAGUGUUGUCCGUUGCGCAAGAAGACUUACUUCACGAGGGACACGUUAUGGCAUGGUUCGAUCUGAUGGAAGUGACCACUGCUGAGUUGAACAGUGUUGAAGUAAAAGAUGUGCUUGUGGCACAACAUUCCGGCAAACUGCAGGGAUUCUGUAUCUGGUUUGAUUGUACAUUUCCGGGAGAUGAAGUGGAACAGCGGCAGCUUUCCACGAAUCCAUCUGCACCGGUAACACACUGGAAGCAAAUUGUUAUUCCUCUACCGGAAGAUUCGUGUGAAGAAUUGGAGGAGCGUGAUCCGGUAGCUUUCUGUCUAUCCAUGACACGUAACAAGGAAACAAAACGAAGGUAUGACCUUCAGCUCACGUUACUGGACGCGGAGAGAGAAGAACAUCAUCUGCCAUGCGAAUGUCAUAUGACAAAGUGUAUCUUAAUGAAGACUCAUCUAGAGAAGAUGCAAAUGGACUAAUAAUGUUGGUACUGCGGCAAUAAAUAUGGAAAGACUAUUGCGAGUGUGAA